AUGUCUCAGAAACAGAACGAUAAGCUAGCCAUGCAACGAGAGAUAGAUGAUUUGAAGAGAAAGCUGCACCAUGCACAGCAAAGGCGAUCUCGUUCUAGGCUUGACAUACCCUCUGACGAUGAAAGUGACGAUGACUAUAGACGAAGAUUAAGGACUCCCCCAAGUGAGAACUUUUCUCACGAAGAAGAGAACUACCGGAGGCGUAGGCGCAGAAGCCCAUCUCCUAGGGUUUUGGGAAACGAUGCCAUGAGCAGGGCAUUAGAUCAACUCUCUAAGUCACCUUUCACGCAUCACAUAAAAGGGGUCAUACUUCCUCGACGGUUCCAGCAGCCAACCUUCGCCAUUUACAAUGGUAAAACAGACCCUGUGGAGCAUGUGAGCCAAUUCAACCAAAGGAUGGCUGUCCAUUCUAAAAACGAGGCGCUGAUGUGCAAGGUUUUCCCAUCUAGCUUGGGACUAGUAGCGAUGAGGUGGUUUAAUGGCCUGAAGACGAAUUUCAUAGAUUCGUACAGGCAACUGACCCAAGCUUUUAGCUCUCGCUUCGUUACAAACAGCAAACCUCCUCGACCUUUGAGUGCUUUGUUGUCGCUAUCCAUACAUGAUGGAGAAACCAUAAAGGCCUACUCGGACAGAUAUUGGGAGACGUACAAUGAAAUGGAAGACAAUUUUGACGAUGUCACCAUUAUUACCUUCAAAAAUAGUCUCCCAGCCGAUCACGGCUUGAGUAAGUCUCUGAUUGGUAAGCCCGCCACCAGUAUGCGCCAACUGAUGGAUCGGAUCGAUAAGUAUAAACGAGUGGAGGAAGACCAGUUGCAAGGUAGAGGAAAAGAGAAGGUUAUCCCUCAGGAGAGGAGAGAUUUCAAGUUGGACCGGUAUAACAGCAACUGCCCGAUGAGAGAUUUCGUAGGGCAACCCGGAACAACCAACACACAGACUGUCAAUGCUGUAUUCCGAGAACCAGUACAUCGGGUAUUGGAGAAAAUCAAGAACGAGCCAUACUUUAGGUGGCCGAAUAAGAUGGCAGAAAAGUCCUCGAGGCACGAUCAAAACUUUUAUUGCCAAUACCAUCAGGACUACAAACAUACCACGGAGAACUGCAGGAACCUUUAG